ACAUCACCUCUUCGACCCCAACGCUGACAUCGCUCAACACGUCACCACCUUAACCUCCAACCCUCCCCUGUUUUCAAACAAACCCAACACCACCACUCUCUCAUUCCUCCCAAAACUAAACACAACCAGCAACCAAAAACACCGCCAUGCUUGAUCCAAGAACACACCAGCCCCCUAAUUAUUUUCACGAAACACGGGAACCUACGAACUCUGUUUUGUGGCCUUCAAAACCACCUUUGGAUGAUGAUUCUGGCAUCUGUUCCCCUCCUCUUUGGACCACAAGCCCCCCACAUCGCAUUCACCAUUUCCGAAGCCUUUCACCCACUUCAAGAACACAAGCCAUAGUCAAUGGCCAAAGGGAACUCAUGGAAAUGGUUAAGAACAUGCCCGAGUCUAACUACGAGCUUUCCCUGAAAGAUCUCGUUGAACAGCACCACAGGGUCGACGCUAGACAAGACAACGCUGUGGAGGAGGAGAGGAAUUUGAGCGCAUACAAGAGAGAAAGCGUUGGUCGCGGUAGUAGAACUAGAAAGGUUGAACAUAUGCCACAUGUGAAGCGAAAUGGAAACAUUGAUCGUGGAGGUUUCUAUCUCAAAAUGGUGUUUCCUUUUUCUUUGGGAUCUAAGGACAAGAAGAAGAUGAAGGGGAAGAAGAAAAACGAGUCCUUGGGGAAUAGUAGUUCAAAAGUUACCCCUAAACCUGAUGGAUCAACAAAGGGUGUUGUUGAUAAGGAGUGGUGGAAGAAGAGCCCUUCAGCGUGUAGAGAGAGUGAUAGUGGUGAAUCCAGUAUCAAUAGUGGAAGCGUCAAGAGUUCUGGUAGUAGCAGUAGUAGCAAUAGCACCACUAGCAGAAGUAAUAGCAGGCGUGAGAACGGUGGUGGUCGUUGCUGGCAUUUCAUUCGCAUACCCAAAAGAAUAACGCGAAAGUAACUUCUGAUGGAACAUGCUACUUUAUGGUCUACAUAUUCAUGAUCCUUACAAGCUUUGCUUUCAUAAACUCCUGGCGAAUUUUACCGCAAGUCAUUUGACACAACCUAGUUCUAUUGUAACUUUUUAUGAAUGAUGAAGGUAAAUUCACGCCUUGGAGUCACAUAAAAUGCACUGUGCAGAUAUAAUCUGUAUAAAUAUACAAUGCUUCAUGUAAUUAAGUAGUAUUUUUUUUUUCAGUCAUGAUAAGGCCAAAAUACAAGCAUGCAUGCCAAGAAAAGAUUUACUAAGUUUCCAAUUUUUUUGUUUAUCUAGACCAUCAAAUGAAUAUGAAUCCGCUCUUGGAAAUAUAUUCAUGAUGACUUGAAUCCUAUAGUUUUUUAUGAGUUAUAAAUGGUGUCAGUCUUGAUCUUAGAGGGCGUGUGUGAAUAAUGAGGAUUUAUAAAAAGGAUUGAUGAUAUAGCAUUAUUUACGAAUAUAUGUAGAGACAAAUUAUAACUUUCUGCUCAAAUUUGUCUCUUAAUAAAUGGAAGUUCUGUAAAAUUUCGCUUGUGUCGUCAUAUUGGCAAUGAAGUGUGUGUAUAAAAAUUUAUUUAACUUGAAUCUAAAGAUAAAAUUAUAACUAAUAGCAUUUGAAAUAAAUGUAGCCAUGGUAAGUGAAACUAAAAUAUUACUAGAUCUUGAUGCCUGGAGGAGCUUUUCUUGAUUUUCAAGUGUUCCCCCUAAUAAAUGGGGCUUAAAGCCUAAACACAAACUAGAAAUUAGGUAAUUCUUCUAGAGUACUAAGAACCUAAAAAGUUCAGAGUAAUUAAAGGAAGUAAAUCUAAAAAGGCUGACUCUAAAAUAUAAAAAAGAAUUCCUCCUUUAGUCCUAGCUUUAACAAGCCAAUUAGCAUAACGGUUAACCUCUUUUAAGACAUGGUUAAACCUAAUAAAAUGAAUACAUUUAAUCAAACUUUUAAUCUUGCUAAUUAUAUGAAACAAAGGAUAAUUAUAACUAGGUAAUUUUACAAACAGAAAAAUAGCUUCUAAAGAAUCACAUUCAAUCCAAAUCAACUGAAUAUUCUAUUAUACAACUAGUUUGAGCCCCAAUAAACUCUCCAGUGCUUGGUAGUAAGGGGAGAACAAGGAUCCAGGGCCAUAUAGAAAACCAACUAAGAACCUCCCUUGCUGUCCUAAAUGAGACCUCCAUAGCCAACAAAACUAGAAACAUGAGACAUAACUCCAUCCACAUUGAGUUUUAGACGAGACUCAAGAGGGGGCUGCCAUUUUAUUUGAGAUUGGGAAUCCAUCACCCCAAAAACUUGCUGAAACCUGC